UUCGAAGGAUAACCAAACAUUCAAAAAGGAUCCAAAACCAAACAGGAACAACUCUCUCUCUCUCUCUUCCCCCCCCCCCCCGGUGGUACGGUCCCAAGACUCCCAGGUCGCGACGCCACCGCCGAUGUCGACGCCGACGCCGUUUUCCGGCCUCAAGUACUCCGACAGCCUUGCCGUGGUCGGCAUUUCAAUGGUCACGGCGGUGAUAUGCGAGGCUAUCUCGUGGCUUCUCAUCUAUCGCACCACUUCCUACAAAUCCCUGCGAUCUUCCAUCGACAAAGCUUCGAAAAAACUCGAGACCAUGAAGACUUCCGAGACCUCCAAGGCCGCGAAGAAGUCCUCGAAGACCAAAAAGAUCGACCGUGUGGAGAGCAGUCUCAAGGAGUCCACUCGAGAUCUCUCCCUCUUCAAGUUCAAGUCCGGCGCCGUCGUCGCCCUCGUCCUAUUCGCCGUCUUCGGCCUCCUCAAUUCGCUUUUCGAGGGGAAGGCCGUUGCUAAAUUGCCCUUCGUUCCGGCGGCGAUCGUCCGCAAAAUGAGCCACCGGGGGCUGCAGGGGGGUGAUUACACCGACUGCUCAAUGGCGUUCUUGUAUUUCCUCUGCUCCAUCAGUAUACGCACGAAUCUGCAGAAGUUCCUGGGGUUCGCGCCGCCGAGAGGGACCGCUGGAGCCGGGCUCUUCCCCAUGCCGGAUCCAAAAACGAACUGAUUGAUUCGUAAUUUUGUUAUUAUUUACGAGCGUGUUAUUAUUGUUAGGUUUUUGAAUGGAUCGAUUGAUGCAUUCCCAUAAAGACUGAAUUGACCUAGGCAUAAUUGUCUAGUUUCUUAAUGAGAACUGUGAUUUAUUUAA